AUGCACAAGGCUGCUACAGACCAUACAACGACACCAUACAAGGCUACCAUACGACACCACACAAGGCUGAUACAGACCAUACAACACCACACAAGGCUACCAUACAACAACACCACACAAGGCUGUUACAGACAAUACAACAACACCACACAAGGCUGCUACAGACCAUACAACACCACACAAGGCUGUAACAGACAAUACAACAACACACAAGGCUGUUACAGACAAUACAACACUACAACACCACACAAGGCUGUUACAGACAAUACAACACCACACAAGGCUGUUACAGACCAUACAACAACACCACACAAGGCUGUUACAGACCAUACAACACCACACAAGGCUGUUACGGACCAUACAACAACACCACACAAGGCUGUUACAGACCAUACAACAACACCACACAAGGCUGUUACAGACCAUACAACAACACCACACAAGGCUGCUACAGACCAUACAACAACACCACACAAGGCUGAUACAGACCAUACGACACCACACAAGGCUGAUACAGACCAUACAACAACACCACACAAGGCUGUUACAGACCAUACAACGACACCAUACAAGGCUGUUACAGACCAUACAACAACACGACACAAGGCUGCUACAGACAAUACAACGACACCAUACAAGGCUGUUACAGACCAUACAACAACACCACACAAGGCUGUUACAGACCAUACAACAACACCACACAAGGCUGUUACAGACCAUACAACGACACCACACAAGGCUGUUACAGACCAUGCAACAACACACAAGGCUGUUACAGACCAUACAACGACACCACACAAGGCUGUUACAGACCAUACAACGACACCACACAAGGCUGUUACAGACCAUACAACAACACACAAGGCUGUUACAGACCAUACAACAACACCACACAAGGCUGUUACAGACCAUACAACACCACACAAGGCUGUUACAGACCAUACAACGACACCACACAAGGCUGUAACAGACCAUACAACGACACCACACAAGGCUGUUACAGACCAUACAACGACACACAAGGCUGUUACAGACUAUACAACGACACCACACAAGGCUGAUACAGACCAUACAACACCACACAAGGCUGUUACAGACCAUACAACGACACCAUACAAGGCUGAUACAGACCAUACAACACCACACAAGGCUGUUACAGACAAUACAACACCACACAAGGCUGUUACAGACCAUACAACGACACCACACAAGGCUGUUACAGACCAUACAACGACACCACACAAGGCUGUUACAGACCAUACAACGCCACCAUACAAGGCUGUUACAGACCAUACAACACCACACAAGGCUGUUACAGACCAUACAACGACACCACACAAGGCUGUUACAGACCAUACAACGACACCAUACAAGGCUGAUACAGACCAUACAACGACACCACACAAGGCUGUUACAGACAAUACAACGACACCACACAAGGCUGUUACAGACCAUACAACGACACCACACAAGGCUGAUACAGACCAUACAACGACACCACACAAGGCUGAUACAGACCAUACAACGACACCAUACAAGGCUGAUACAGACCAUACAACACCACACAAGGCUGUUACAGACCAUACAACAACACCACACAAGGCUGUUACAGACCAUACAAUGACACACAAGGCUGUUACAGACCAUACAACGACACCACACAAGGCUGUUACAGACCAUACAACGACACCAUACAAGGCUGUUACAGACCAUACAACAACACCACACAAGGCUGUUACAGACCAUACAACGACACCAUACAAGGCUGAUACAGACCAUACAAAGACACCACACAAGGCUGUUACAGACAAUACAACACCACACAAGGCUGUUACAGACCAUACAACAACACCACACAAGGCUGAUACAGACAAUACAUUAACACACAAGGCUGUUACAGACAAUACAACACCACACAAGGCUGUUACAGACAAUACAAUGACACCACACAAGGCUGUUACAGACAAUACAACGACACCACACAAGGCUGUUACAGACAAUACAACACCACACAAGGCUGUUACAGACAAUACAAUGACACACAAGGCUGUUACAGACCAUACAACACCACACAAGGCUGUUACAGACCAUACAACAACUGUUCAAGUGGAGCAGAAUCUCAUCAGGACAUGCAGUGUCAAAGCAAUUAUAAACAAGUGGUGAUCAUAAUGACUGUGAAGAUUUGACACUCUGAAGGAUUGUAGAUGUUUCACACCAAAACUUUUUAACUCAUUUUCAUUUCAUUUCACCCUAAUUCAUAUGUUUUUACCAAAAAGAAAUUUUCACCAUAAAACAUUUUCACUCCAAAUGUUUUAACAUCCUUGGAUUAUGCUAAAUCGGAAACUUGCCUCCUGGCAGGUAAUGUGACUUUGGAACAUAAAUCUAAUAUGUACGUCCAUAGGAAAGAAAUUAAAAAAAAGUUGUUAGCUCACCGGUUACGAGUAACCGUGAGCUAAUGCUGUACCCCCGGCGUCGGUGUCCCACCCCACUUUAAAGUUUUUG